AUGUAUCCAAAGAAUCCUUUGAAUCACGUUGGCGAUGUGAUUGAAGCAAUUGAACACGAUUUGGAGCUGAAUUUCUGUUUGCUGCGUCAGAUUUGUUGCAAUCUUCCUCAUCACCAAAAUUGGAGGCAAUUUCUCACAUGCCUUACCAAUCGUGAUCGUGAUGCAGCAUUUAAAUAUUACAAGCUUGCUCUUAAAGAAGUUAGGCUGCGUGGCAGAUGCAUUUCAUCUGUUCAUCGUCUCCUUAAUCUUUUGAGUGGAGAAAAGGUGGCAGGUCAGCACUUUUCGACAGCAAUUCAGCAUCUCGUCGUCUCAAAUACUUCAUGCGAGGCACUUUGUUACGAUUUGUGGCUGCGACUUAUCAAAAUGAUAAUUUUUCUUGAAAAGUACAUUCCCUUGAAAACAGUCGACAAAUCGACCGUUUUUGCCUUGGACCACCUGCGAAGCUGGCAGAAAGAGCUUUCUAAUGGCAGUUGCGAAAUCUGGAAGGCGGGCGAUAAAAGUAAAUUGUUAUGCAGGCGCCGCAGACCCGACCUCUGGUACUCGUGUCUUAAUGAUCGGCUUCUAUCCCAAAUGGAUAGAAAAUUUCAAAAGGAUGGGAAGCUUAACAAAUUUCAAUUGGAAGAGUCAGGUCGAAACGUUUGCGUUGUAAACGGUCACGAACCGCUUAAAUCAAUGGACAAACAGGGCAUAAAUUUAGCGCACGGAGCUGACACUGUCGAUGCACUUGAGCCCAAUAUGGCGAAUGAAUUGAAAGCAAAAGGUCAAGUGCAGCCCAACAGUGACAUCCAGAAUUUUUUGAUACCGAAUGAAACAGAGGGAAGUAUUAACAGUGUUGGCCGAAGUACGACUGUUCGAAAGGCCUGUGACACCCGUGUUCUCAAGGCUUGUGAUCUAUUUCAAUCGAAAUUGCCUGGUCCUCCCAACAUACCACUGAGGGCUCGUAGUGGUGACCUUAGCAACUCGCCUAGAGCAGAAUCACGCGAGGUUUUUCGAAGUCCUCCAUCUAUUUUGCACUCGGAAACACGGAAGGUGAUCGCUCAAAUGUCAACAGGCUCAGACAUCAUCAGAACUUCCUCCCCAGAGCUAAUUCUUCGUGAAACAAUUAUUGAGGAUAGUACAUCGCGGCGCAUGGAUUCUUACCUGGCGGCAGUCGAGGCCGCUGAGAUGUUUGUAGCGCAGCAGCAUAGCAAUUCAAACGUCGAAAUAUCAAAGAACAAAGUGCGGAAGAGUUGCUCGGAUGAUCAUUUGCUCAAAGCGGCACUGGCUCGUACUCGGUCACUGGAUGAUCUAAACGGACCUCAGACAGAUAGGAUAAUUAGCCUAAGCCAUUCUUUGGAAGAUACGAUAGCCUAUCCUCUUGACUUAUCUGAAUACGUAAUAAGUGCUUGGGACAAUUACCAGGUUCCCUGUUAUUCCAGCGUAGAGGAUAUCGGUCUAGUUGAACCAAAAGCCAGAUUUUCAGAAAACUUUUUUUGGGAAGAUUUGUUUCCCGAUGAAACAGAGGCUCUCGAUUUCGAGCGGCAUUUCCACCAGCCUCAGGGAACAACGCGUCAGAUUGACGAGUGGAGUUUCGAGGGCCUCUCGGGUACUCCGCUUUCAAGCCAAGCAUUUGACGACGCCGUACAUAGCAACGACGAUGGAAGUCGGAGUUCUGAAGCCCUUCUAGAGCCUGUUGACAGAGAUCCCUUUUCGGAUGAUGACCAGGAGACUCCACUUCGAUGCUCUAGGAGGCAAGACAAGUGUUUACAGACUGAGAUGGAUGACUCGGUCAAUAAUAUCUUUACACCGUUCACCUUUUUAAACAUCUCUCAGGGCGCACCACCAUACGAUGUAAACACUACUCACACCUCUGGUUAUGAAUCUGGAACAGAUGUGGUUACUUCCUUGCUUCAAAGAGCUUCCUUCUCUUCUCUCGAUGCUUCAAACAAAGUUGACCAACCGGAUUCAUCCACUUUGCUACCAACCCGGAACUUUGGAGUACAAACUGUGCGAAAUAACCGCUACAAAACAUCUGAUACCAUUACAGAAGAGCCUUCUGGGAAUUACUUUACAGAUCAUCGGGUCGAUUCGGAUGUUAUUACUAAAUCAGAACAAGCUUUGGUCAAAUUGCAUGAAUUCCUUCGCGAAAUUCUCGUCAGUAGUGACACCGGUAUCGAUGGCUCACCUGCAAGCACGCUAGUGAGUAGGAAACAGAAACAAAAUACUUGCUCGAGUGCUUGUACCGGGCCAAAAUCUACAUUUCACCUAAUGAAGAGUUUCAUUUGUAUGCUCGAAUUGGCUGAACAGAACACGAAACUCCUCCGGAGAUCAGGUGCUUUGAAUUCACAGUCCUGUGAAGCACUAUCCAACCAAUGGAACAUAUAUGCAAAGUGGAUGUACGAUCGCGUACGCGAACUGCAAGGCCUUAAUAAUUACCAGGAACAAAUUUAUGUGCUUUCCGCAAAAGUAAAUAUGCUAAACCAGAUUGCUGGCACACUCAUGAAGCAAAACGGCUUGCUUAUGAAAAACUACAGUCCACCAAGUUCUCAGACACUAAUCCGUGAGUCCUGUGCCGUAGCAGAAGGGUCUGAAAACCUUCGAGAGGCCCUUUUGAAGCAGAAGUUGCAGAUUAUGAAUAGCACUCAUCCAAUGGCACAGAAUGUGCCAGAACUGUCAGAUUUGGAGGCUCUGUUUGCUAACUGUCUCAGCAAAAUUCUGGAUCGAACCAUGCACGACACCCGCUUUCUUGCUGAACAAGCGAACGAAAUUAGAUCCACAUUCAUCUACAUAGAAGCGCUUACUGAAAGGUUACAAACGCCAGCUGCCAUUACAAGAGAUACGCUUCUGAGCAGCGAAUUGGAUUCGGGUGUGCGAGCAGUCAAGUCUUCUUCUACGUGCGCCUCUAAAUGGGGCUCUUCUGAGCUUUCCCGAAGUGACUCACUCGAAAAAUACACGUUAGACCAAAAUCGUAGCGACAAUCAAUGGAAAAGUUUUUUCAUCUGUGUUUUCGCCUCUUUACUUUUUAUUGUUUUAAUUGCAUCAUUCUGCAUUAGCGACCUCGUUCCCGCAAGGGAACAAUAUUCCCCAUUCCGGUGUCUGGGUAGUGCAUGGCCUGGUUGCCGCGCUAUACACAUCUACCAAGUUGGUGUUCCUCCUCAGUGA